AUGACUGUACCUUCUCAUCUUGUGGCUGUCUUGCUUGUUAUUAAUUCGUUUUCCGGGAGUAGCCUUGUUUUUCAUUUCCCCCCAUGUCCGGAUGCUGACCAAUUAUUGACAAAUUCUUUACAAGAUAUUGAUGUAUUAGAUGGAUUGUCGUCAAAUGAAACAGAGAGUCUGGAAGAAGAGAGUUUUGUGGCGUCGGAAUUGAGUGAUGGUCUUGGAGAAGAAUGUCAACUAGAAGAUACAGAUAAGGAUCAUAUAAGACGACAUCCAUGGGAUAAUAUUUUAGGGUUUAAUAGUGAUUUUUUAGCAGAUCUUUUAACACCGUGUAAAACUCAUUGCGGAAAAAAAUUUGAAUUAUGGGUAGAUGAAUUAGUUUUCCUUGGACUUCCUGUUCAUAUACGGUCGGAUGGUACAUGGUCUAAACAGGCAAACUUAUUGAGAUAUUGUGACUUGAGCCACGGCGAAGCGUCUAAUGUUUUUGAUUUAGAAAUAUCUGGCGUAAAUGAAUCUGUGGAAGACUGUAUUGAACCUUCUCAGCAUCAAAUGACAUUGUUUCAUAUAGUUAUGGCUAUGAAAUUAUCAUUGACGCAAAAUUAUCACGCGAAAAUUAAUGAAAUGUAUACCAAUGUUGUAACUAAGUUAGCUAUGGCUUUGAACUAUGAACAAGCAAAAACUAACUAUGUUUGGUCCCAAUCAGAAAUUAUUUUGCAAAUGCGAGAAAAAGCUGUAAAUGAUGGAAUCUCUUUUAAUGCAUUAUGGGCAGACAUUCUAUUUAAAUCUAGUCUUGCAUCAGCAUUAGCUACUGUAUACAAUGCUAUUUCUGUAUCUGGAAUAGCUCAUUUAACUAUUAACAACUCUUUUGACUUAUCUAUUUUUAUUCCGACUCCUAUAAUCACUUCUUCUAUUCCUACCGAUGUUUCUGAAAGUAAUUGUUUUCUAACAUCUGUUGAUAUUUAUGAUGAAGACAUGGAUUAUAAUGAUCCAUUUUUAACUCCACAUUCUUCUUUACUAUUAUUGGACGAUAUUGAAAGUGUCUUACAAAAUAUACCAGCUGAUGCGAACCCUUCUUUAUCUUUAUUUGUAAAAAAUAUACGUCCGACUCAGACUUUACUUAAAUUAUCUCAGCAAAUUAAUAUUCCUUUGAAAACUAUACAUGUUCUUGCAGAGCAUCUUAUUUAUUGGAGAAGAGCUAUACCUAUACCACCUAUAAAUAUGCGGAACAUAUACUUUGUUAGCCCUGCUGCAAAUAUGGCAAAAUUAAAAUACCAAGAAUCUAUGUUUAGAAUGCUAUUUCCUACGAUACCAUCUCUUUCUACUAUAUUGGAACAACUUUCAAAAGAAUUGCAUCCUUUUUCGUUUUACAUUCCUUCAAAAAGUUGUCGUGGUAUUUAUUUGAAUGUUCUUACUUGGUUAAUAAGAUAUGGAUGGGUUUGUCAGCUUAAAACGUUUAUUUGGAUAAGGGUUUCAAAAGAAAUUAAAGAGGUUGUUUUGAAUAAACAAAAACGAGGACAUAUUUCUUUUAUUGAUUCCACCUCAUUUACUCCCAUAGAUGAUUUAACGGAUUCUAUUAUUAGAGAGCCUCAUCAAGCUUCUAAACUAGAACGAGCAUGGAUUGAAGAAAUUAUAAGUAGGAAACCUUUAAAAUACGCUAUUCUUUUUAAUAGAAUUAUUAAAUAUUUUAAUGGAAAAAAUGCACUAGAAAAAAUAUCAUCUCUUGAAGGAAUCCCAAGAAAGGAUAUUAGAGAAGUAUUACAAGUAUUUGAAAAUAAUCUUGAAAAAACCUAUUUUUGGUAG